UCUCUCUGUUUUCGUUUCCUGAUUCGCUUUCUCUCUCUUCCACUUCUGUAUAAAUCAGACCCAUCUUCUCUUUCCCCGUCCUCUUCAAGCUCUCUUUUCUGAGCCUAACCCCUUCCGAAUUGACUUACCUUUUUUCGGUGAAUAGUUUUCAAGUAUUUCUCAGGCUUCGUACACGAAGCUGUAUUGUGAAGAAGGAUACAGGUUAGUCCAUUCGUUGAUAGAUUUCAAGGAAGAAGAUGAACCACUGCUUGAUCCAGAAACAAAACGUCGUCGUGGCAACCCGGGAAGAGAUGAGUGGCAGAGACCCUGUGGUUUGUCCCAAACCUCGCCGCCUCAGCCUCUUAAACGUCGCCGUUAACGAGCAUCCCGUUAGAUCCUUUCGGUGGCAUGUCAGCUGCCAGCCAGAGAUGUGCGACCCAAAACCCAUGGCGGAUCCUUUGGAUUUCAUCCUUGCCGAGGGUGAUUAUGGGAUAGAACAAUCAUGUACACAGAUGGUCUCGUCGCCCCCUUUUUUUUGCGGGUCACCGCCGAGUAGAGUAGAGAACCCAUUGAUUCAGGAUGCUCGAUUUGGGGAUGAAAAGUUCUUCCCGCUGUCGCCACCGGUCUGGGCUCCUUCCCCGCCGGUCUUGGCAUCGUCUCCGGUGUCUUCCGCAAGGAAGGGAGGCUGUAUCCGAGCCAAUUUUGGGAACAAUCCGGUCGUGAGGAUCGAGGGGUUCGAUUGCCUGGACAGGGACAGGCGAAAUUGCGGCAUCCCUGCUCUGGCCUAAAAAGAAACAAAAAGAAAAACAUCCAUCUUGCAGAAUUAGAUCAAUUUAGUGGAGGAGAAACUUUUAGAAUUCAUUGUUACGCAAUAGAAAAUCACACAAACUACGACACCAGAAGAGGAAUUUUGAAUGUCUCUGAAGAGGAAGAAGGAAGAAGAGAGAAAUAUCUUUUUUGCCUGAUGUAAAUAUAUGUUUGGAAAGUGUUUGUAAAUGUGUCAUAUAUGGGCGGUGGACUGAGAAUCAUGUGGUUUAGAAGUGUCCAGAAACGAGAGGUUUUGGUUUGGGUGUAUUUAGUGGGAUUUGGCCCUCUGUUUCUGGUUUUAGGGUCUUCCAUCCUCUUCAUUUGUAAGUAGGUUUAGAGGAAGGAAAAUUUCAUGUUAAGAUUCGUCGUCAGGUCCUUGAAACGUAGUUAGCGGCUGAAGAAGGAGAAUCUGUACAAAAUUAUCUUUGAGUCAACCAAGUCAUAUGGUCUAUGUUGCAAAUGUGAACAUGAGCCACUUGUCACGUUAAACCCAAAAGAAAAACAAAAAGUGUCUUUUCUCUUGUUUCGUGCA